ACACGAGAAUUAUCAAUAGAACGUGAUCUUCUACAGUCCCCUAUCUCCUCGUACGAUUUCCUAAGUUUUUUGUGAAUGAAAAAGUAAACGACAUGGCUAUACCGUACAAUUUAAAAAAACCAGAGGAGGUUAAGGAAUAUCUGAAAAAUCUUCAUAUCGAAUAUAAAUUUGGUUGUUACAGUGAAAAAAAUCCAGAAGUUUGUCAACUUUUGGGUGAUUUUAACGAAACCAUCAAGAAGGAUUAUAAAACGGCAGCGAUCGUUUAUAAAUCAAAUUGCGACGAACGUAAUUAUCCGAGAAGUUGUGCCAAAUACGGAGAUUAUCUUAUCGUCGGUAAAGGUUGUAAAACAGAUAUUAAUGAAGCAUAUAAGUAUCAUCAAAAAGCUUGCGAUUUAAAUAACGAUAACGGUUGUCUUCAUGCCGGUGUUCUUGCCAUAACUAAUCAAAUUGAAGAUGAUUAUUCUACGCAGAUUAAUAAAGGAGUAAACAUGUUAAAGAAAGCAUGUUACCAACUCCAUUCGGAAAAAGCCUGUUUCUUUCUCUCAGGUGUUUACAUGAAUGGAAUAGAGAAUCACGUAGAGAAGAACUUUAAAGAGGCUUACAAAUUAUCGCUUAAAUCCUGCGAAUAUGGAAAUCCAUAUGCUUGUGCAAAUGUAUCUCAGAUGCAUUUAAGAGGCGACGGUGUGAAAAAGGAUUCUGAAUUAGCUAAAAUCUUUCAGGAACGAGCUGAUCAGCUUGUAAAAGAAUUAAAACGCUCUCCCUCGUUAAAGUUCCAACAAGGCAUUGAAAACUAGUGACAUCAUAUCUUAUAUAGUAAUAUUGCAAAGUCAUAAUAAAGAACGUUAUAUUUGUA